UACAUCAUUUUUAUCUCAUUUUAUGAAAUGGUCUUAAAAUGACUCAAAUAUGAUAUCAUUUUAAGCUCAUAUUUAAAUCAUUUUAGGAUCAUAAUAUGAUCAUUUUCACUUCAUAUCAUAAAUGAGCCAUACAUGUCUCAUUUAUGUCUCAUUUCCUGCGACCUGGGCUGUCUUCUUGACAUCAAGAGUUGAGACGUCUGAAGACGUUUUAAAAUUUUAUUUCAAAGAGGUGUGUAGCAUAAAACUUCUUCACUAAGUGUGGUGGACUUAGUUUCGCUGAAUUUACUAUCUCAUUAAAGCUUUGUUUAAUUAAGUUUUAACUUAAAUGACCAGAUUCAUUCAGGAACUGACAUAUGAAAUUUAGUUUCGGGCAGUUUACAAUAGCUAUUAGUGUACAUUUUUCCUUAGAACUAACAGUUUUCAUAGCACUGCUUUAUCUGUUGCUGAGUUUGUUUCUCGAAAAACAAGCAUUGCCACGAGGCUCAACAUGAUCGAUAAAUUAUGUUUCUGUUGAUUUCUAAGAUUACCAGACCUAACAAUAACGAAUUGCUCAUUAGAAAGUACGUCCCACCCAAGAACUAGAGAGCAUGUAGAUGUUGAUUUUGUGCAGAACUGCGGCCGGUUUCUUAAAAAAACUUAAGUCAAACAGAGGUCAUGCAGUAAAAACCAUUUGUAAUUUAGACAACUUAGAUUAUUUUACAACAAUUUUCUGAACAAAAUCUCUGAAAAAUUAUGUUCAGCCUAAUUAUGGUGAGUUGGCUGAGUUACGGACUUCAAAUAAAGAACUUACAAAAAUUUAAACAUUUUUCCACUUAAAAAUUUAAGUGAGAUUGAGAGGUGAUUUAAGUUAACUAAUAUUUGAGAAACACAUUUAGCUAAAAAUUUUGACUUAAUACAAAGUUUUCAUAUAAGUUUUUUUUAAGAAAUUGGCCCCUAUGGAGGGAGGAUACUUUAGGCUAUUUAGCCGCUAUGUUACAUUGAAGAUCCUUCUCAACUUCAGAAUCUGAGAAUUUCUUCUUGCUUUCACCCGACAAAUACAUUAUGUGAAAAACCGAGAUGCUUAUCGUCAAAUAUUUAAGAAGAUACAGUGAAGUUUUCUCUACACAAGAAAACUUCGAACUUUCUAACUCUUUUUACUUUCGACAUAGUCAACACAAUAAUCAAUGACAUUCUAUUGUGAAAUGGAGAAUAAUAUGAAAAGCUGUUUUUCAAUAAAUUGUCUUAGCGGCUUUCCUCUUCAUAAUAAAGUGAUGCAUAUCUUUUUUUUUAGUGUCUACUGUGACAACAAUCGAACAACUCUCGAUUGAAUUAUGGCGUGACAUUUUUGAUUAUUUAAUGUCCUGUGAAAUUAUUGCUGGUUUCUCUGGACUUAAUUCACGUCUAAAUCGCUUAAUUAAUUCUAUUCCGCUCUUUAUUGAUUUAUCGUCGAAUAUAUUCUUAACAACAUACAAAAAUGUUUGUCAGUCAUCUCUUUGUCAUACUGGCUCAAUUCUUUCACUAAAUUUAGCUGAGAAACACAAAGUGGGAGCUAUUGAUUUAUUUCUAUCCUUAACUGAUAUUAAACAGUUUAUCAAUCUUCAAAAAUUAGUCAUUGUAAAAGCAGACCACGACAAUCUCAGCGCUAUUGUUUUCAAACUGCGACAUCUAAAACACCUAUGUACACUAAAGAUUGACGAUGAUUUGUUUAGAAACAUUGAAAAAGAUGUUAUCAAGAAAAUUUUGACAGUGAAAUCUCUAAGAAGAUUAGAUUUAUCUACAAUCAGUAAAAAAGGGUACGCAUACCUGAAAAAAUCGUCUAUCGAACAGCUAACACUCAAAGAAUGUGAUCGAAAUCUCAUCUAUUAUCUUCCACAGUCAAUCAAAAGUUUGACAGUCAUCAAAGAAUUAUCGUUACUCCUCACAAAACCACCAUAUUCACCGACAACGUUUAGUUAUCCAAAUCUAACGCACUUGAAACUGACCGUUCACCAUUUUAUCAAUCAUAAUGAUGAUAUUAAUUACUUGAUAAUAAGUAUUAGUCAUUAUGCCGAAUACGUAUCAAUACAACUACUAUUUACGGGAAAUUUACUAUAUUAUUCGGGUGAUUUUUGGGCUGAAUAUUUAUCAUCAUUGCCUUUUACGUGUAAAAUCGAAAUUAUGGUUGAUACUCCAGUCUCAGAUACAAAUGAAACACAUUUGAAUUAUAUUAAACAAACAUUUCAAGUAUCAAAUCAAUUCUGGAUUCAACACAAUUUGUCAGUUGAAUUUCAUUAUAAUAAACAUACUUCACGUAUAUACACAUUACCCUAUCCGAAGACAAAGAAUGAAGAUUAUGAUCUUGUUCGAACAUUAGAAAUUCGAACAAACGAAAAUUAUAGCGAUCGUCAUUUUCGUAAAUUAAAAGUGUUGAUAUUCUCUCUUUUUGGCAGUUGUUUGCCGUCCAUGAGCGGUGAAUGGUUAUCGCUACUGAACAAAACUGUUGCUUCAUCACUACCGCGACUGAAGAAAUUUGUGCUUGAAAACAGCUUCAAUGACAAAAUUGAAAUAGAAAUAUUUUUAACCGAAGUAUUGAAUCGUGCGCCAAAUCUUGAAGCAUUAAUGAUUCGCCACAGAGAUAUUUUCGAAAAAUUGAUGGACGUAGUAAGUCAAAUGUCACAUCCGCGACGAAUUGUUCGAUUAGAACUCUGGACAAAUUUAACACUUGAAAGAGCUGGUGAACUCGUUCGAACAUUGCCAAAGUUACAACUGCUAGCAUGUGAGAUAGACGAGAAUGAUUUACAACGGGUGUUACCCGUAGUGUUUGAACAAAUGAAACAUUUAGUACUGUUGAAGAUAAUUGUUUCUCAUGUUUCAUACGAUUAUUCAAUAAUAGGUACAUUGUUGGACGAUAAACGAUGGACAAUAGACGAGAGAAAUGAUAGUAUAUUAGUGUGGAUGUGA